AUGGGUUCACCACGUGUUGGCAAAAAUCAACUCAUUAAUGCAAUAUGUAACGGUGAGAAUAAAGCUGAAAUCAGUGCUAGUUUGAAUUCAUGUACCAAAGAUGUCACAUGUUACUUUUUGGAAGACAAUCAACAACAAAUGCCUGGUGUAAAACCAUUUCGAGUUAAUUUUUAUGAUACACCAGGGAUCGAAUCAUGGACUGAUCAAGGUGGAACAACAGCUAUGCGUAAAUUUAUUGAAGAGAAAGAUUCUGUUUGUGUUAUCUACUGUGCUGCGCCUGGAACAUUCGCUGACUUAGCACAAAUUCGUCCGAUAUUAAAAUUUUGUCAAGAAAAAAAAUAUUUUGAGCUUUCGUCUGCACGAAUAUGUGGUCGAAUGCCUUUCGAAAAGAAGUCAUUCCAGUUUAAUAUAGCAGUUUGUGGUUCGACUUGUGUUGGCAAAAGUACUCUUGUUAAUGCUUUAUGUGGAAAAGAAGUAGCCAAAACGAGUAGCAGUUUAUGUUCAAUAACUAAUGAAAUAAAAAAGUAUGUGUUGAAUCGAACUUGUCAAUCAGUUAAUGAAGCUUCAAGUUCAACUGAAUAUACGAUUACAGUUUGGGACACGCCGGGUAUUGAAUCUUGGACUAUAGAUAAUGUUCAAAAACAUUUUACGCAAAUUAUGGUUGAAAGUACGCCACUUUGUAUGAUUUAUUGUGCGUCUCCAGGUUCGUUUGCUCGGCUCAAUCAAUUAAAAUGGCUUGUCGAAACAUGUAUUAAAUCCAAUAUUUUUUGUGCUCUUGUCUGUACGAACAAGUACAGUGGAGGAAGUAAACAACGUGCUGAAGUAUUAAAGGAUUUUCAUUCACUUCUUACUAGUUAUCACGCUAUGACACGUGAAGAAGCCAAUAUAAAAUAUUAUGGAAAUGUUGCUUUGUGUACAUCAGUGAAUAGUAUUAUUUACGAAGAUAUGGAUUAUGGAGUUAGAAAAGACGUUGAAGGUAUUAACGAACUUAUUUUUGCCAUCAUAACAUCGUUGAAAGAUGAUAAACUCGUCGCUUGGUGUUACACUAUUGCUGAAAAUGAAUCAUUCUGGUUGACGAUGCGUGAUAAAGUUGUAGAAUUAUUCAAUAUAUCUCGACCUAUUCUAGAAGAACUUCUUCAAAAACAUGGCAAAGAUAUGGCAAAAUUUAUAAUACCAUUGGUGAUGAAUGCAGUUUUUAAGAAGUUAUGA